GUGAGAGGAAGAAUGACACACACAUGCAUGCGCAGCCACCUCUCGCUGAAAUAACGUGCCGCUUAGGCCACCUAACUCAAGUACUUGUAUCCGCCCCAAGACAUACAGCUGCAUGGAGGAAGAUUGCUGCGCAACGAGCCACGUGACUCAAUGGAUUCUUCCUGCCGCCAAUGUUGAGUUGGAGGAGGAGAAGCUCAGAAAGCUCCUCAAGUCAAAGCUCCAGCUUGCAAGAUGUCGCCAUAACUGCAUUCCAGCGUAGGGCUUAUACAGUCUUGUAGUUAAAAAGCUGAAGUGAGUGAGAAGGAGAAAAAGGGGAAGUGUAUUUGAAAUAAAAACAACGACAAAGCAGUUGUGGUAUGUAAACUGGCCUUGAGAUAGGUAAGAUGGAAAAUUUGUCUGUCUACCACGGACCCAUUGGUAUCAUGGAAGGUGAGAGGCGACUGGCUCUGGAUGGACGGGAUGGCUGCUAUUUGAUCCGAAACAGUGACUCGAUACCCGAUGUCUACUGCCUCUGUGUGCUAUACAGAGGAAUUGUCUUUACAUACAGACUUCACAAGCAUGAUGGAGGCUCAUGGGCUGCAGAGCAUGGUCAAGAAAGAUGAAGACUUCUCCCUUGCUCCCCGUUUUACUUUCUCCUUUAUUAUCAUCCCCCAGACUGUUCCUGGUGUGCCGAAACGGCAUUUCCGUGAAAUCAAGAACUUGAUAGCAGCUUUUCAGCAGCCCGGACAAGGAAUUCCCGUCCCUCUGCUUUACCCUGUCACUGUCCAGAGACGGCUGAAAACAACCAGUGGUGCAGAUGCCCAGUAAUAGCCUGUCACGAUCGCAUGGCAACUCGAGUACGCUCCACCAAUAGUCGUGUGCUGCUCAGGGACAGAAAAAUGAGGGAAGAAAUGUGACGGGAACUCUUGGUUAGGGACAAACUCGGAAUGGAAAACACAUUUUAAAUAUUCAUCUCAGCCACAACUUCUUAUUGUCUUUUGACACUUUCUCAGGUUUUGUCCAAACAGAAGAUAUCUAUGCACUCCCCAAAAAUCACAUUAAAUGACAAUACAAUAAAUGAAUGUUUUUUAAGGUCACAUUGUUCCCAUUUUAAAACUUUCAAAACUGUGUAUGUAUGUAUGUAAACGUGAUUAAUUUAAAUCUUUUUUGCAGUCACACACUGAGCGGAAGCCAUUAUCAAGCUACAAGAUAGUGAUUCAGCUAAUAAAAUUGGAUGAAUAUCAGUGGGCCAACCUGCGUACUUGCUGUUUAUUCUCUUCUUUUGUGCCUCACAAAAUGUCUCCUGACUUAAUGGGAAGUGAGAUGAAAAAUAUUCAUCUCCUCAAACAGUACUGAAAACAAAAAUAACUGUUUUAUCUGAAAGACAUGAAAAAUAAAGCAUUUAGGUGAAAUAUA